AUGUGCCGCAUGACGAUCUACAAGGGCCUGGGCCUCGAGCAGUCGAUCCUGCUCGCCGACCUCAUCGUCAAGCCCAAGCACAGCAUCAUCCACCAGAGCUACAGCUGCACGGAGCGCUUCCACAACACGGGCCUCCCGCCGACGCUCAACGCCGAUGGCUUUGGCAUUGGCUGGUACGCCGAGAAGCUCUACAGCAGCAAGAAGCGGCGUCACGACGACGACAUGCCGUCGCCCAAGAAGCAGCGCCGCCAUUCGGACUCGGUCGACGGCGUCGUCGUCCCGCGCGACCGCGAGUACGAGACGCCGUGUGUCUUUACGAGCAUCUCGCCCGCGUGGAACAACCGCAACUUGGUGCAGCUCGCCGACAAAGUGAGUUCGCCGCUCUUUUUCGCCCACGUCCGCGCCGCCUCGAUCGGGUCGCUCACGUCCGAGACCAACUGCCACCCGUUCACGUUCGACAAAUACCUCUUCAUGCACAACGGCGGUGUUGCCGACUUUAACAAGAUCAAGCGCAAGCUCGUCGACCGCCUCAGCGACGUGGCGUACGAUAUGAUUCGCGGCAGCACCGACUCGGAGCACUGCUUUGCGCUGUACCUCACGGAGCUCGAGAAGCUCGGGCCGCUCGAAGGCGAGUUCACCGGCAAGGAGAUGCGCCACGCUAUGUUCAACACGAUCAAAAUCCUCAACGCCCUCUCCCGGGAAGCUGAGAUCACGGAGCCGUCGCUGCUCAACUUUGCCGUCACGGACGGGGACACGCUCAUUGCGACGCGCUACGUCAACGUCGCGUCGUCGGGGGCUGCGUCGCUCUACUUUUCGUCCGGGUCGCGCUGGAUCCGGUCUGUGGAGCGGCCCAAGGAGUACAUCAUGCAGCGGCACAACAAGGAAGAGAAGGUGUUUGUCAUGGCGUCCGAGCGCUUGUCCAACGAGCCGGGCGACUGGCUCGAGGUGCCGAAGAACGCGAUCGUGACCGUCUCGGCCGAAAUGAACAUUCAAAUUUGCCCCAUCAAGAGCCUCCUCGACGAUGAGAUCGAGCCAGAAGUCACAAAGCUCGAGCAUACCAAAGUCUUGUAG